GUUUUAGAGAUGCUCCAGCAAAAAUGUCACGAAACUCCGACAAAAUAAACCUCAUAAACCAAUGCACUUACCAGAAAAUUAGCAAAAAGGAUGAUACAAGCACAGAGACCAGGAGCACUCCGCGAAGCUCCAAGUACAAAAACAAGCACAGGAAACCGGAGCAGCAAGCUUCGCUCCUGGACUUCGUCGUCAAGCGGCCAACACAGCGGCAGAUCAAGGCCAGAAAAACCAGAAAGCCCCAUUUAAUCAUAACAAGGAGUAUCUAUACAGUAACCAAAUCCAAGGGCAAAACGCGUCUCGAUCCCAAGAUAAAGGUUACGAAAUUAAAGAAGUCCGUACGUAGCUAUCGCACUUUUAAAAGGGCUGAUAGGGAAGUCGCUGAAAAGGAAACUGAUGAACUCGUGGCAGGUUGUCCAGAGAUCCAUGAAGAUGGUAUUCCUGUGGAACAACAUGUCCAGAAGCUAUCUCUGAAUGAGCCCGCUCCCAAAAACAGUCCUCAAGCAAAAGAAACUAAUUCCAUACACUCACGACGCUUCAGAAGCUAUUGCGACAAUUGCACCCGCCCGCGCCUUAAGGAGUUGACCGUCCAGCUGCUCAAGGAUCUGGAUCGCUUUCAAAAGCGCGCAUUUGCCAAAAACGAGAUCAAAGCCCGUGCACAUCCCCGUUUGGUUUUGGGUUUUCGCGAGGCUCUGGCCAGGCUGAGGAUCAAUAAGGUGAAAUUGCUACUCCUGGCCACCGAUUGUGAGAUAUGUCCGGGAGAAGGUGGUCUGGAUGAAACCAUAGAGGGCUUGAAAUUUCAGUGCCAGCAGCAAAAAGUGACCUAUUGCUUCCCUCUGGUCAGAAGGGAGCUAGCAUAUGCCCUUCAAAAGCGGGGACAGAUCUCCUGCGUGGCCAUACUAGACUUCGAUGGAGCUAAUGCCAUAUACGCUGAUCUUCUUAAAGAAGUAGAGGAUGCUCGUGCCGAAUAUAAACGCCGAGUUGCUUUGUGAGAGUUUAUUUAGUGCCAAAGACAGAAAUAAAAGUGCCAGGAGGUGCUCUAAAUAUUGAAAAAUUCAAAAA